AGACGGAUUUGGAAACAGCUCUUUUAAAUUAGCUGACCAUGUCCCGUUUGCCCGUCAUGUCGUCCAAAAGGGUUCUCACGAGCAGCAACUCUGAGAAUUUGCACGAUUUGGCUCCUGCUCAGAAAAAGAUGCGUAAAGACACCGAGUCGCACAGACCACAAGCUGCUGCCACGGUGAUCGGAGACAAACGUCCUCCUGCAGCAGCCAGAGCAUCUCUUUACAGACCAAUCAGAGGUGCGGGAGCUGCCACAGUUGCUGCUGGUCCUUCCAGAGCUGUCGUGAAACAGCCUGCAGCUUCCACUGCUCCAAAAGGUGCCACCAACACAAAACCACCCGCUGGUGCAAAAACAGGAGGGACUGGGGCCCCCCGGCGUCAUGCAUGGGAUCUGAAGGGCAAGGUGAGUGAUAUGGAGGGCAAAAUGCGUAACUACCAGGCCAAGAUCAAAUCCGUAAACGAGGAGAACGGAGCGCUCAAAGGCUCGGUGGUCCAAACCCAAUCCAGGAUGGCUGAACUCGAAAAGAAGGUUGAGACCCAAAAGAGCAAAAUCAGCGAGUACGAAGUGGAGCUUCAGGCUUUGUCCGGUGUCCGAAAAGAGCUUGAGAAAGUGUCAAGUGAGAAGAGCGUCCUUGAAAAGAAGCUCUGUAACUUGGAGGAAUCUUUCAAAGCUCUGGAGACUCUGCGGAACAGCCAGGAAGCAGAGCUGCAGGCCACGAAGAUGAAAUUAUCUGCUCAAGAGUCGACAGUGGACCGUCUGCAGACUAACCUCAGAAGCGCUGAAGAAGAGGUCUGCUCUCUAAAAGAAGCCGUGGCCCAGCAGGAAGAUGAACUCCAUGCUGGAGAGAUGGAGCGCAGACGGCUUCAUAAUAUCAUCCAGGAACUCAAGGGAAACAUCAGGGUGUUUUGCAGAGUCCGCCCCCUCGUGGAUGGAGGACCGAGCGGUCACAUCCAGCUCGCAGCAAAAGACAACAAGUCGAUCCUGCUGGCCAAAACUGAGGAGUCUCACACCGGAAAAACUACAGAAACUCAGAAGAACUAUCAUUUUAGUUUUGACCGCGUGUUUGGGCACCAGGCCUCGCAGCAGGAGAUUUUUGAUGAAAUCUCCCUCCUGGUUCAGUCGGCCCUGGAUGGCUAUAACGUUUGCUGUUUCGCUUACGGUCAAACGGGAAGCGGGAAAACCUACACCAUGGAGGGGGAGGAGGUUGACGACUGCAUGGGAGUCAUUCCGAGAGCCGUGCGACAAAUUUUCAGAUCUGGAGAAAAGCUGAAGUCUCAGGGCUGGGAGUUCUCCUUCACCGCCAGCUUCGUUGAAAUUUACAACGAGACCCUGCGAGACCUUUUGUACACCGGCAAGUCCAACAAAAGACCCGAGCACGAGAUCAGGAAGACCUCGAGCAACGAGGUGACCGUCACCAACCUCACCUAUAGGAAGGUUGACGUAGAGGAUCAGGUUUUUGACCUCAUCGCUCUGGCCAAGCAGAAUCGUGCCACGGCCCAAACGGCCCAGAACGACCGCUCUUCCCGCUCCCAUUCUGUAUUCCAGCUGCAGAUUGAGGGGGCGAACACCGGGCGGGACGUUAAAUGCAAGUCCGCUCUUUGCCUGGUGGACCUGGCAGGCAGCGAGCGGAUGGUAAAGAGUCAGUGUCAGGGAGACCGCUUCAAGGAAAUGACCUCCAUCAACAGCUCCCUGUCCAACCUGGGCAUCGUCAUCGCUGCUCUGGCCAACAAGGAGAGCCACGUUCCUUACCGCAACUCGAAGCUUACGUAUCUUCUGCAGGACUGUUUAGGAGGAAACAGUAAAACCCUGAUGUUCGUGAACAUUUCUCCUGAGCCGGACAGCUUCGGAGAAACACUCAGCUCCCUCAGGUUUGCGAGCAAGGUCAAUGAUUGUGUAAUUGGGACAGCAACCUCGAACAGGAAGUAA